AUGAAGAAAGCAGUGGAGUUUAAGAAAAACUUGGUGAUUUAUCGCCAGGCUCGAGAUUCUAUGGAACGAGCCAUGAAUUUUAUGCAAAAUUUCGACCCGUAUACGCAAGUUGAGCAAGCUUUAGCUCGAAAAAAUGCUCUUGAGAGCAAUUAUAAGAAAUUUUGCCAAGCCUCAUUGAAUCUUGAGAGCCUUGAGGAGGAGGAAAAUACUGAGAUAGAUUUCGCGAAGUAUAUGGCUGCUUUUGAGGAGGAUUACUUCACGCUAAAAGCGUUUUACGCAUCAUUAGAGGUACCCCGCACGCCAGCACCAUCGUCAAGUUCAUCAGGUCAUUCUUUUCGGGCCCUGAAGUUACCGGAUAUCAAACUGCCGGAGUUCAGUGGCAGUAUUUUACGGUGGUUUUCUUACUACGACACGUUCGAUUCGCUAGUGCACAACAAUGCAGACUUGUCAGAUGUGCAGAAGUUUCACUACCUCAAGUCGACUCUUCGAGGAGAGGCACUGAAACUUGUUGAGAAAAUGUCUGUCACGGGUAACAACUAUUCAGUGGCGCUGAAAAUGUUGACUGAUCGGUACCAGAACUUGAACAUCCUGGUACGCAGUCACAUUGAGGCGUUGUUCAAAGUGGAGAAGGUGCGCAAGGAAUGUCCACGGGAAUUGACAAGUUUGGUCGGCGACUUCGAGAACAACUUAGGAGUUUUGGAGAAGCUGGGCGAGAACACGAAAGGCUGGAGUUCACUUCUGGUGCACAUGGUGUCAGCGCGGCUGGAUCACAACACGCUUCGCGAGUGGCAGCGAGCAGCGGAUAAAAAAAAGAUGCCGACGUACGACGAGCUGAUCAAGUUUAUCCGUGAGUACGUGAUGGAGCUAGAGACGUUGCAGUCCGAUCGACCACCCAAGCAACCAAAAGUCCCAUAA